UCUAAAUCCCAACAAUCAAUAGAGUUUAUUCAUAUUUGCCCUAAGAAAAAUUAAAGGUGGUUUUCAAUGGAUCAUAAUAAACAAAGUGUCCAACCAUCUUCUACAAUCAAAGUGGAAAGAAAGAUUGUUGAGAAAAAUAGGAGAAAUCAGAUGAAAAUUCUCUUUUCCAAACUCAACUCUCUUCUCCCUUAUAAUCCCAAGGAAGUGGUACCAUUAAUUGAUCAAGUAGAUGAGACUAUAAACUACAUAAAGAGUUUAGAGACAAAUGUGAAGUUGGCAAAGGAGAAAAAAGAAAGUUUAUUGAGAAAUAAGAGAUCACGUAGUGGCUGCUCGAGUUCUUCUUGUGGAGCAAAAGGAAGCAUAAAAUCACCAAAAAUUGAGAUUCAUGAAAUGGGUUUCUCUUUACAAAUCAUUGUGACAUGUGGGGUUGAUGAUCAAUUCAUUUUCUAUGAAAUUAUUCGAAUACUCAAUGAAGAGAAUGUCGAGGUCAUUUCUGCAAAUUCUUCCUUGACCGGAGAUUCAUUUUUUCAUAUUGUGCAUGCUGAGAUUCCGCAAUCUUUAUUUCAAUUUGGAGGGACCAAAGUAAGUGAUAGAUUGAAAAGUUUUGUGAACGGAUUUGUGAGUGAGGUGCAAAUAGAUCCUCAUUUGUUGGAUUUUGAAAUUGGAACUGAGAAUUGGGAGCUACUACAUUCUAUAGUAAACAAGAACAAUUAAUCACCAAAUCCUUUAUCA